CCAUUGUAAACACUGCCACUCAGCCAGAGAGCAAUCCAUUUUUGCUUCAGGCACAAAGAUUUCCCUAUCGCACUUUGUGGAUUAUGAAACUUCUUUUGUAAAUUUCUUUAGUAUCUUUAAUCAUUUAAAAGAAAGAAAGCCAUUGCUAGGGAGAGUCUAUGGGAAAGGGAAAGGGAAAGGUUUAUAUCUACCUCAUCUCAUCAAGGUUUUCACUGAGUUCUGCCCUGCUCAGUUCAUUCUGCUCCAGCCCCCUAGAAAGCAAAAGAGCCAGGCAGGCUACAGCAGGGGCCAGGACCGAGAAGAGGAGCCUCACUUGGAUCUACUAUUUUCAAAGGGUAUGUGAAACUUCUGAUCAGACAUACCUUUGGAGAAUUAGGAAUCAGAGCAAGUGUGAAGAACAAGCAGCUUUGAGGUGCUUCCCUGGAGCUGAAUGACAUGGAGCUGAGGGAAACUAAGCUCCACAUCAGUGGGGAAGACGGUUAUUCCAAUUUUGCUUUUGAGGAGGAAGACAUCAAGGACCAGAGUGGGUCGCAAAGAUGUUCACUAAGAAAUCAUACUGAAUACAAUGGAGAUAGUAUAAAUGCUCAACAGGGAGAAGAACAUCUCACUAUUGAAUACGAUUUCCCCAAACAGAAAGGAAGCAUAGAAGAAAGUGAAUCGACACAUAGGAAAAGGUACCUGGAAAAGAAAUAUGAUGCGACUUGUGACUUCUUAAGGAAGCAUAAAGUUGUGGUCCAAUAUAUCAUCUAUGGCGUUUUAUUAGCAGGCUAUUUGGCUCUAGUGAUUGCAGCCUGUGUGGUAAACUUUUAUAGAGCCCUCCCACUUUUUGUCCUCACGGUUGUUGCCAUUUCCUUUGUUAUUUGGGACUACGUGAUAGCCAAAUGUGAAGGUCAUAUUGCAGGGUUCUUGUCUCCUGGUGGCAGAGUCCUAAACAAACAUUGGUUCUGGUUGAGGUGGUUAAUGUGGAUCUUGCUGAUUAUAGCAGUCAUUUGUUGGCUAAUUUUUGACACAGCCAAACAGGGAACCCAGCCUUUGGUGUCCUUUGGUGGCCUUGUGUUCUAUGUUCUCCUGAUGUUUAUAUUUUCUAAGCAUCCAACUAGAGUUUUCUGGAGACCUGUCUUUUGGGGAAUUGGAUUACAAUUUGUUUUUGGUGUUCUUAUUCUAAGAACUACAUAUGGAUUUGAAGCUUUCAAUUGGUUGGGGAAACAAGUACAGACUUUCUUGGGGUAUGCUGACUCAGGAGCCAGAUUUGUCUUUGGCGAGAAGUACACAGACCAUUUCUUUGCUUUUAAGGUCUUGCCAAUAGUGGUCUUCUUCAGUACAGUGAUAUCCAUGCUUUACUACCUUGGAUUCAUGCAGUGGCUGAUUAGAAAGGUUGGAUGGUUAAUGCUAGUUACCCUGGGAUCAUCUCCGAUUGAAUCUGUGGUUGCUGCUGGUAACAUAUUUGUGGGACAGACCGAGUCUCCGCUUCUGGUCCGACCCUAUUUAUCACAUCUCACCAAGUCUGAGCUCCAUGCAGUCAUGACUGCAGGAUUUGCAACCAUUGCUGGAAGUGUCUUGGGUGCAUAUAUUUCUUUUGGAGUUUCAGCCUCACAUUUGUUAACUGCUUCGGUGAUGUCUGCCCCCGCCUCUCUGGCUUGUGCUAAAUUAUUUUGGCCUGAGACUGAAAUUCCUAAAAUAACUCUCAAGACUGCCUUGAAAAUGGAAAAAGGGGACUCAAGAAAUCUCCUGGAAGCAGCAAGCCAUGGAGCCUCCUCUUCCGUCUCCCUGGUGGCAAACAUCACUGUGAACAUGAUUUCCUUCCUGGCCCUCCUGGCUUUUGUGGAUUCAUCCCUUUCCUGGCUAGGGAACAUGUUCAACUAUCCUGAGCUGAGUUUUGAGGUGAUUUGCUCCUAUGUUUUCAUGCCUUUUUCUUUCAUGAUGGGAGUUGACUGGGAAGACAGCUUUAUGGUUGGAGGACUAAUAGGAUAUAAAACUUUCUUCAAUGAAUUCGUAGCCUUCCAACAACUUGCAAAAAUGAUCAAGUUACGAAAACUAGCUGGACCCAAAUUUAUAGAUGGUGUGCAACAAUACAUAUCUGUUCGCUCUGAAACUAUUGCCACCUAUGCCCUUUGUGGCUUUGCCAACCUUGCUUCUCUGGGAGUCGUGAUUGGAGGACUCACAUCCAUGGCUCCUUCCAGGAAGGGGGACAUCGCCGGAGGGGCUUUCCGGGCCCUGGUUGCUGGUAAUGUAGCCAGCUUCAUGACAGCUUGUAUUGCUGGCAUACUCUCCAACCUUCCUGGGGAGAUAGAUUGCUACAGUCUUUUAGCAAAUGCCUUCAACUCCAGUUCACCAAGCAACACAAGUGAGCUAGUUAUCUGUUGCCAAAAUCUAUUAACCAGCACUGUCACCCAGAACUACAGUAACAUUUUACCAAGAAGCUUAUCUACCUUGAAUAACUGCUGUCUGAUGCUAAAUUCAACUACAUUCAACUGCGAUUGGGUUACUUCCUCCUUCUGAAUUUAGCCUCUUCCCCACAUGGUCCCUGGCAUCGGCUUCAAUCAGUUUGAAAAGGAACAAUAAGAAAAUGAACUAUGUGGCUACACUUCGUUACUGGAGGUAUAUUGCCUAUUAUUUCUAAAUUAAUUUUUCUAUUAUGGAGUCAGCAUGAACUGGAAGAAAGAGAAAAGAAUAAGUAUGACCCAUCAAAAUCUAUCCACUCUCCCUGUCCCUUAUCCAUCUCCAAAAAGGACACAAGGCUAUCCUGAUACCUUAAUGGGAUCUUCUCUUUCUUCUCCUUGCUGUCAAUUAGCUUUGGUAUGCCAGAACUUUUCUUCUGAACACAAGUAUUAAUAAGUUCACCAACUAAAAGAACUCUGCUCACCAGUCACUCAAUUGGCAUCCUCAACUGGAGGUCCAAAGAGACCCACUGGAACAAGCAUCAGUUACAGACCAUCCUGAAUUCAUUGGAGCAGUUUUGAAAGAGAACAUUUAAUCAGACCUUAGAAAACUCCAAUGCAAAUGUCAAUAUGAAAGCCAGACAACUCUGGCUCUUUCAGAGAGAAGCAGUAUCUCUCCCGUCUCCAAGGAGGUGGGAAAUGUUACCUAGAAAUAAGAGGAAAAUGUCCAUUUCACCCUCUGAUUCUGAAGAGGCACAAUUUGAAAAACAAAAACCAAGAGAAAGAUCUGCUGCCAUGGUUGCCAUGGUGAAGUCCACACUCAUUAUUCCUUACCUUUGGUUUUGAAAUAAAACCUCCUUUGAGUUAUGAUAUCCUGGAAAAGUGGGUAAGGCCUCUGUACCUCGGCUUUGCCAGCUGCAAAAAGGGAAAAUUACUGGUUCCAGUCUACCUCACAGAACUUUGUGGCCAUCCUGAUGACUAAUAGGUAGAAUUGCUGAGUUUCUUAGACAACAGGACAUGAUUACUUUGUAGACCAGCUUUCGUAAUAUUUAUUGUUACUCACUAAUAGAAAUUCAUGGGGAAAACAUAGGAACAUCAGUUUGAAAAUCAUCCCAGCCAGAGCAGGAUACAGUGGAACAAUAACAAUCCAUCACGGUUCCCUAUGCAUCAUUUCCACUAUUAUCAGUUGUCUUCUAGACCUUGAAGCCAGAUUACCUUGAAUCCUAAGAGUGUGUAGAGACUUGAUAGGGUUGGAAAAUUUAAAAAUUCAGUUUCCUUUUAACCCCUCAAAGAUUUGUGAAAUUGAACAACUUUGUGCACAAACUAAAAUAUAUAUAUAUAUAUAUGUAUAUAUAUAUAUAAUAUUUAAAUGGGUUUUGCUAGUAUUUCUGUAAUGUACUUUCCCUUUAGGUGAGUCCCUAUAUUUUAUAUAACUGUGUUCCAAUGAGAGAGUCAAACACACCAAUGACCAACAAGCACCAUCAACAGAGUUAAUUGUUCUUUGUGAUGGCCUUAGACCAAAAGUUGGCCAAACUAAAUCCUUUCUCAGUCAUUCCUGGUUACUAAAGCUAUAUCUAAGACAAAGGGACUGGGCUUUGCCCUAGACUGUCAAAAUUUAGAAGAUGCUGAAAGUCCUUUAGCUGGAGUGAAUUAGAAGAGUUCAUUAACAUUAGAAGCCAUCAGAUGGUGGAAUCAUUGCUUUUUUUCUUCCCCUCUCCAUCUACUCCCCCCAAAAAAGCUAUAUAUGAAUGCACUUUAGGUGAACUACUUUCUGCCUUGCCCUAUUGUCCCUCCUGGUGGCAGCUUCCUUUGCAAGGCCAAUAAACAUCAUGAGGGAGGUCACGCACAGGGGCUGUGGUCCAGGGUCCUCUCAAUUCCAGAAUACAAGGGCCUUGUGUCCUAAGAUCUCCUAGGUGAACCUGUCUGAAAAAAACAACAUUUGCGUGUCUUGAGUGGAUUAUAGGAGGUUUCCUCUGAGUCACACAGGUAAAACAGGAGGAAGUCCUUAAAACCCAGAAUCCUCAGAGGAUCUCACAUUCAGUGAUCACUUAAAUGUUCACAGUUCCAACAAAGUUUACUGCAAUAUAAAAUUUCUAUUGAAUGAAUGUGGUUUUUCCAUUGACUUAAAUUUUAAUAGUGAUAACAAAAAAAUAAUGACUUUAAAAAAAAAUUUUUACUGUAAUCUGUGAUUUCAUUGACACAAGAAAACUCCCAGGGAAGAAACACCGUCUGUCAUGUGGAAUUACACCUGAUUUUAGAGUCUUAGAAUUGCCUUGGACACCCUCAAGGUUUAAUGACUCAGGUUCACACACACCUAAGGUGUCAGAGGAAGGACUUCAGCCCAAGCUGGGGUUCCCAACUCCAAGAGGAGCUCUCUUAUCUAUUCUGCCAUUCUCAAAGGAUUUCCAUGAAUAAUGGCAUCUGAAACUCACAACAACCCUGUCAGGUCCUACAGGUAGCAUUAACCUUUUGUUUUUUUUACAAAUUAAAGUGAAAGAAGGGGGAGAAUAAGCAAUUAUUAAACACCUACUAUGUACCAGGCAUUGUGCUAAGUCCUUUACAAAUAUGACCUCAUUUGAUUAUCUCAUUUUUCAAAUAAAGAAAUUGAGGCUUAAUGGUAUAAAGUGACCUGCCCAUAGUUUAAUAUUCUUCAAGUUCCAGAGGAGAGAUCUGAGCCCAGGUCUCUAAUGAUAAUGCUGUACAAUCCCCCCAGUAAGUGAUGUUACAAUGGAAAAAAUAUGCUGAUUGAAAUUCAGUGGCAUAGGAAAUCCCUAGGUAAGAAAAUUCCCCCUACCAGUGUAGGUUAGCACUUGCUCUGCAAUUUAAGAAUCUUAGAGAAUUUUCCAGAGCAUUGAAAGAUAAAAGACUUCCCCAGGGUCAUACAGUCAUGUAUUAAAGGUAGGACUUGAAUCCAGGUCUUUUGGCUUCCAAGUAAAUUUUGUAUAGACUACACUAUGCUACUGGAAUCCAGUAAUAUAAGUGAAUUUAAUGCAAGUAAGCAAUGCCCUCCAUUGGUUCUCAAUCCUUCUGAACUUGGUCAAGAUCAACUGAGUUGUUUUGUUUUGUUUUUUCCUUAAAGAAACUAAUCUUUGGGACCCAUAGAAGGGUAUAUUUCAGGGACAAAAAAGUCCAAAUCUUUGUCUUGCCCCUCCAUCAUGUUACGGUUGUCAUUGUUGUUUCUUGUUUUAUUUUGGCAUGGUCUUCUGUUGAGACUCCCCAGAGGGAAUUAAGUCAUAAGACUCUAAAACCGUCUACAGUGUUAAUGUCACCAACAAGAUAACAAGGACUUCAUAGUAACAGAGAUGACGAACACACAAUCUUCUACAAAUGCUUCUACCUAAUUGCCUUUUAUUUCAGUUAAAUGCCAAUGUUCUUUAUUCUUGAUAGCAAUUUAAUGAACAUGGGAGGUCACUGAAGUACUUAGGACACAAACUAGGUAUGAGGAAGCAGCUGAGGCCACAUUGUUUUCUAAUUAUAGAACAUUUCAAAAAUUAGAAAAUCUUAAAGGAAAGGUACCAACUGGCCGAAAGAACGGAGUGUACUAAGAGGAACUGACUCACUUCCAUACACAUUUGAGAUGAAAAAAAAAAUUCUCAUUCACAUUUUAGAUAGGCGAGAAGAACAUUCCUUAAUGUUUAACAGAGUUGAACCAUAUGGUUACCGAGGGAAAACAACUUGUUAACAAUAUUUAGCCUAAUGAGAAAAUUUAAAUUCCAACAAGAAGGAAAAUGGAGCCAUAACUUGAGCUCCUUGAGGUCAAGGACUGAUUUUUGCCUUUGUAUCUCUAGGAUCUAGCCAUGUGUCUUUCAGAGUAAGUGCUCUAAUAAAUGCUUGUAGAAUGAAAUAUAGUUUUUAAAAGACCAGAAGCUUUUAAUAGAAUUUUUUUUUUGGUAUAAAAGAUGUCCCAAAAGUCUUAGUAAUAGUUUUCAACUAUUAAUAAUUGCUUUACAAGCUCUAGAACUUUUAGGAAAUCCUAUAAAAAGGUAAUAGUUGACAUUUACAAAGUGUUUUACAUACAUUAUCUUGUUUGAAUUUCAUGACCACCAGGGUCAUUUACAAAUGUGGAACCUGAAGUUCAGACAGGGCAAGUGACCUAUCCAAAUCCAACAUGACCCCACUGAAGUUACUGAUCUACCAACAGAAUAAAAUGUACUUUGAGAGGGUUAGUUUAAUGAGAGCGAGGUCAGAUUUGAAGAAAUUUUGACAAAGGCUCCACCAUAUCCAAAUUUAAUCAAAUCAAGCAUUUUUUUAAGUGCUCACUGUUCAACUAGCCAGAAACUAUAAAUAGGGGGAAACAGUCUCUGCUCCAAAUUAGACAUUAGGGAUGUUGUCUGAUAGAGAAGAAAAUUAGCUGACCCUAUAAUCCUCUAUGGUCAUCUUAGUAUACUGCUAAUCAAAUGGGAACCUACUCCUUCAUCUUUCAAAUGGUAGAUUAAUAAUAAUAAAAAAAAAAGCUUAACAUUAAGAAUCAGCACCUACCUGGAGACAUAUGCCCAUCAAACAUUCUGUAGUGAUCAUCAAAUAAUUUGUGACAACCUUCCAUAGUCUUCUAGAGACUGCCUUCCCUGCUUUUUGACACUGACUUCCCUACCACCAAGAGAGCAGUAUAUCAAGAUCAUCUAAAACAUAUUAUAAAGCAUAAGGAUAAUGUAUUCCACAACCUUCCUAAGCAAUCAACUAUUAAUUCUUGCAUCUAAUUUCAUGCUCUCCAGUCAUAAUUUAAGUCUCUUUUCUCUCAGGCAGGUGCUCAGUGGAAAAGAUAUGUUAGGUGCCCCAAAGAACAAUUCAUUUUUUUAUCAGCAGAAUCACUAACCUUUCCUGCAUUCGAGAUGCGGUGAUAUCUUCUCAGUGGUUUUGGAUUCAAGGAAAAUAGCCAGAUUUUGCAUAAAAGUUGAGGCAAAUCAAUAUUAAGCCCACUGCUCAAAAAUUUAGUCUUAAAAUGAACAUUGAAAAAUUAUUGCUAUAUGUGACUUGAAUGAGCAAAUUGACUCUAAGUCUGUAGUAAAAAGGUGGUCACCUAUAACUUGACAAACUAGAAAGCCAGGAUGGAAAUUGAAACAAUGCUGCCUGGCUCCAAAUCUAACAUUUUUUUCUACUUUAGCACCCCACCCACUGCCUAAAUAUAUAUUUUAAACUAAAUUACUGCAAUGAAUUUCUUCAUUCACUUUGCUUUUCUGAAGCUAUGCCAAACCAGCACAAUGCACAAUGAAAAAAAAAAAAAAGCUUUUGGUGAUGAGAUUGUCUCAGCUUAUAUGUGGAAUUUCUACUUUUACCACAUUUUUAAUAAAUACUUCUAAUAGCUAGGAAGGUUUCUUUCCUCUAUCUGUCAAACUUCAGCACCUCUGAUAUAAAUAGGAAAUGAUUAAUUUCAAAAUCUGUGAAGCAUUCUCAUUUUUAUGCCAUCAGGUCUUUGUGCCCUUAAGAACAUGUAAAUUUGGGAAAUUCAUAAUGGAACUGACAUUAUUUUGCUUAAUCUGGCUAAUCUCCCUCUUGUCUCUUUUUCCUUUAAAAUUUAUACUUAUUUAUUGGCCAUGAAGGUAACUUCUGAAGUUUGGGGCUCCAGGUUGCAGACCAAUUACAGCACAAGAAAAACUAAGGAAACAUGAGUUUACUGGUGUUUUUAAAAAUUAAUUGGCAUCCCCAAUAACAAAAUCCUAUUUGGUCUUGAUAAAAUUGCUCAGCCUCAAAUACAAAAGUCACAUAAACAAUUGUCCUCUCAAGGGUGCAUGCAAAUGGGGGUGGGGACCUAUAGUUUUCUCAGCAUUAAUUUUAAAAACAUAAUUCUUAAGCAAAGUAAUUAACAAUCAUCUAACUGAAUCAGUUGUGUCAACUUAAAUUCUUUGUCAGUCAGUUUUAUUUGAUUGAUAAUUUGGUUAAAUUAAAGUUUUAAUAAAUAAUUCCAUUUACUGGGGAUAUUUGUUAAAUAGGCGAGUUUGAUUUCUGGAGAAGUCAUCUGUGAUUCACCCAGAGCAUUGAGUCUUGAGGCAAUAAGGAAUUGUUUGACCCUCUAGUAAUCAAAAUCCUGCCCUAGUGAGCAUCCAUUCCAGAGUGCCAAUUUCUCCACUGUUUCUGGCAUCAAGCUGCACAAGAGAAGGCAGAAAAGCAUUCUCUAGACCUUAGGAAAAGUUCUACUGCUGCAGUCUGUGGUUUUAUUAUUGUUUCUAUGGCAACAGACUGUGAUAUCCCAAAGAGAGGAUGAUGUUCUCGCUGCCACAUCCAAAAGGAUCCAUGGGACUGGAAAAUUCUUUUUAAAAAGCUAUGGAAAUAUCCAGAAAGAAGUCAACCAAAAUUCCAUUUAAAAUCUAUUCAGUGGGUUCAGAUGAUAGAGUGAAAAAGAAAUAAUUCUCCUGGUUUCCAAGUUUGUAUUUGACCCCAUUUCUUUAUGAAUAAUAGCAAGAGUGCUAAGAGUAUACCUUGGAUCCUGUACAUCUUUUCUUAGUCUAGGGACACCCUUAUUCUUGGUUCACAAUGGGACACUUAUUGGGUCGCCAUAUUCAACCUGCUUUUCCUAGGAUCAUGAGGUCAUAAAUACAGAUCUGGAGACCUUAAGUGGUCAUUGAUUCCAACUCCCUCAUUUUACAAAUGUGAAAUCUGAGGCCAAAGAGAGAAAAUUACUUGACUGUGGUCAGGUAUUAGGUAAUCAAGCAAAAAACGGAACACAUGUUGUAUGGCUCUAGAUUCAGCAUUCUUUCCAUUUUAGCAUUCCACCUAUUGCCUAAGAUUCUCUUCAAGGGAAAAGUGAUUAGAAUAUAAGCAGAACUUAGAAGGGACUCUACAAUAGUCUGGUACUGAAUAAACCAAAGAAUACUAACUACUGAUAAAGAACAUCAUAUUCAAUAAGAAUGUCCGGGAAAACUUUAACUUUUAUAGAAAAUGGGUUUAGAUUAGCAUUUUAUGGUAUCACAAUUAAUGCUAAGCAAGUAAAAUAUCCAAAGUUACACAGAGGAAAAGGGAAAGUCAUGCACAGAUUUUGAGUUGAAAGGAUCUAAUUAGAUCCUCUAAUCAUCUAGUCUAUUCUCAUUUUACAAAUGAGGAAAUUGAGGUCUAGAGAAGUUGUGACUGCCCAAUGUCACAUAAAUAGUAAGCAGCAAAGCCAAAGUUUGAACCCAAAUCUCCCAACCAACUUGUACUAAAAGAUAUACACAUUUAUUUGCUUAAGAUAUUUUGUUAUCUGGCAAUCCAAGAGAUUCUUAUCUAAUUAACCUAUUAUUAUCCAUUAUUGCCUAAGCCUUCCCUACAUAUAAGGGACAGCAAAGAUAAAGUUUGUUUUGGCCCCAGGAGAAAAAGGAAUGGGAAUUUCCACUCAAGUAGAGCCUUAGAUAGCCUGGGAAUGAAAGAAUUUGGGUGCUGAAAGGAUAAGAAACAUUGAAUAAAAGAGUGGAGGGGACCUGAAGACUGAUAUCAUAAAUAGAACAUUGUGAGAAAUAGAGUACUACUGUUCAACUUCAGAACCAAUAAUGACUAAAGCAAGGCAGGUGUCAUUCCAAGGGGAUGGGAUGUCACAAAAUAUCAUGAUUCCAUCACACUAGUGCCUGAAUUCAGAUAUUUUGUCAGGUCAUAAAACUAUUUUUUCCCUUUGAAUCUCAGCUUGUUCUCCUCUUGGAACUACUUUACAGCUAUAAUAAAGUGUUUAUACUAGUUGA